GGCCUGAUAAAAAAAGGUGCUUUCAUAAUGUGCGAAAAAAAUAGAAUUUUGCCAUUUAAUUUUCAAUUAAUAUCAUGCUCUCACUUUAUGUGUGUAACUCGUCAAUUUGAUAUAAACUUUUCAAUUUUGGAAUAAUGGAUAAUCGACAUUCAAAAAUUGCCAAAUAUUAUUCAUCAAUGGAUCAAUGGGAUCGAAAGCUAUUCAAUAAAUUUACCGAUCAAAAUUUUCGUCAUUCAGUACGUUAUGUAAUCUUUUUAGAUAUGAAUGAUUCAUUUAUAAUAGUCACUAAAGAUUGGCGUACAUUUGUUUAUGGACAACAAGUAUGUUCAUGGCUUUCUUUAACACAUAAUAGAUCAAGUGUAAAAGAAGUUACAGAAUUACGAUAUCAAGAAGUCAAACAAAUCGAUUGGGGUGAUAAAUUUUUUGUCAUAUUGACUGCAACUGGUAAAGUCUAUUUUGCUAGCCGUAAAUAUUCUGAUUGGGAUACAACUCAAAAAUUGAGAACGAUAUUGAAUUAUCGUUUUCAUAUGAUUGCCUGUGGCUUUAAUCACAUGUUGCUAUUACGUAAUGAUGGUAAACUAUUCACCAUGGGUAAGAAUUAUUAUGGUCAAUUGGGUAAAGUUACAGAACCAUCAUUUAAAACUUUGAUUGAUACUGGAUUGUCAAAUGUAAACAGAAUUGCUUGUGGUUCGGAUUAUUGUAUUGCUAUGAAAGAUCGUGAAGUGUAUUCUUGGGGUCGUAAUUCCUAUGGACAAUUGGGUAUCAAUAAUGUUUCGGAUCAAUAUUUUCCUAGAAAAAUUCAGUUUAAAAAAAUAACCUAUAGUCAUCGAAUUAUUGAUAUCAUUGCUGGCGACUCUUAUACUAUAUUUUUAUAUGAUAACGGAGACGCUUAUGAAUGUGGUAAUCCAAACUGUUACAAAUACAACCAGACUUUUCCAAGACGAAUCAAUAUCGAUAAUAUUGUGGCGAUUGGCUAUGAAAAAUUUGGUGAUUUUUUCAUAUUUUUCACAACAACUGAUCAAUGUUUUGUAGUUGGACAUAUUGAUUCAAACAAAUUUGUUAAACCGAAAAUACUCUCUGGCAUUGAAACAUUCAAUGAUGCAUAUUUACUUUACACUAAAAUACCAUAUUCAUUCAAUCCGAUUUUUUUGAAUAUUAAGCAACCACAACAAUCGACUAUGUUAACAACACCAGUAGUAUCAACGGCAGUACCAACGCCAAUACCAAAUCAAUCUAUCAAUAUUGAUCGUUUUCGAUGUUCAAUAUGUUGUGAUCGAGAAUUUCAGAUUGUUUUUCUUCCCUGUCAACAUCUUACUUCAUGUGAACAAUGUUCAAUACGGAUAGAUGAUUGUCCAAUUUGUCGAACUAAUAUUGAUCGUCGUUUACGUGUUUAUAUUCCUUGAAUGAUUAAUUUCUGUGCUCAAAAUCUCUGUAUUUUCUUGUUUUGUUUUCACUUAUUGAAUUUUCAAAUUUAAUCCAUCAUAAUUAAGUAUUAAAAUCAA